CGCGUAUGGGUUUAGAAACUGUGUUACUAUCUUGAACGCAACCCUGCUUACGACCGGAAGUGAUGUAAAAACUAAUGAGUCACAUUUUGUUCCGAAAACAGCGGUCUCCAGCUAGUGCAGAAGGCUAUGGCGUGCACUUUGGAAAAGGUUCUUGGCGAUGCUCGCACGCUGCUUGAGAGGCUCAAAGAGCACGACACGGCGGCAGAAGGACUGAUCGAGCAGUCUGGAGCGCUCAGCCAGAAGGUUCAGGGCAUGAGAGAGGUGGGGAAUGCCCUUCCAGACAAGUACAUGGAGGAAAGUUCUGAGAUACAGGAGUUGUCAAAGUACAAGCCUCACGUCCUGUUAACGCAAGAGAAUACCCAAAUAAAGGAACUACAGCAAGAAAACCGAGAACUGUGGCUGUCUUUGGAGGAGCACCAGUAUGCGCUAGAAUUGAUCAUGGGUAGAUACCGCAAGCAAAUGCUACAGCUUAUGAUGGAAAAGAAGGAGCUGGACACAAAGCCUGUUCUUAGCCUUCAUGAGGACCAUGCCAAGGAAGUGCAAAGCCAACUGGAGCGGAUAUGCGAGAUGGGUCAGGUGAUGAGAAGAGCUGUUCAGGUGGAUGACCAGCACUACUGCUCUGUGCGAGAGAGGCUUGCCCAACUAGAGAUUGAAAACAAGGAGCUGCGAGAUCUACUGACCAUUAGUAAGAGUUCUGUGAGGCCACAGAAGGAAGACUCCAGCCAAUCAGCGACAGAGGAAGAAGUCGAACCGGGGACCAAUCAGUGAUGGAAUCGAUAGAGAAGAUCUGUUGCAUACUCCUCGCAUCCUCUCCUCGUCUCCUUCUCAAAACCUUUUGGAUGAGAAAGCCAGAGGUCCCGCCCCUCUGACAUUCUCCUCCAGUGGGUUUUGAGGAGAGAGGACAGUAGGAGUAUGCAAUCGAGAACUUGCCAUAGAGAGGAGUUCGGAUUGUUCAUGGAGAAGAACAGUUCCCCGGGGCCACAAGACAGGGUUGAUUACAUUUUCACCACCGGUCACCCCUUCCCUUUAAGACAAAGUCCAUGUUUUGUGUUGUUAGUUACCAUUUAAUAUAUAUUUCCAAAGGUGCUCCUGCUGCCCAAUGAAGCACUGUAAAGGCACAGAGACGAGAGAAUACUGUUUUUGUCAGGAAAAAUUAGCUCCUGUACAACAGUUUUAGUAUAGAGGGUGAACUUUUGCAUUGGCCAAAGAUAAUCACAUUUGCUUUUUAUGGCAUGGUCUCUAGCUUUUCAUUUUGAGUCAUUUGUUCAAAUGUACUUGCAAAAUUGUAGAAAUAAUCAUGUGGUCAAUUCACGGGAAACCAAAUGCCAACUCUCCCCACAUGGUUUAACAAAUGUUAUGCUGUCAAACUGCAAGUCUUGAUGUGUAUUCCCCUGGGCCUGAUAUGACAUCUUGUUGUCUCCAAAUGUUUCAAAUCAAAUUGCGUUUUUCACAUGGGCUUACUUAUGGGCCCUUAACCAACAAUGCAGAGUUUUUAAAACAGUAAGAAAUUCAGUCAAUCAAUUUUCAGUCUGACUUGCUUGUAGCAGAUUAACAGUUUGUAUCUGUAUGUAAUUAUCUGGUACAUUAGAACUAUUAUAAAUAUUUUGUUAAUGUCUGUAAUUCAUGUGUAAAAAUAUAUAUAUUUUUCAUGUCUGGUAUAAUACUUACAUAAUGAGUCAGUGUGUGAGUGUAACAUGUUCUUGACAUUAGCGUUUGACCAUAACUUAGAUUUGACUCUUUUUUUUUUAAAUUUUAUUUUUAACAAUCCAACAGCUUGACGGACUGUUGUCAAAUUGUAUAUGACAUUGUCAUCUCAGGAAACUUUCUUGUCAUUAUUGCAAAGGUGAGCUGUAAUUUCUUCAAUGCUUUGAUGAGUGAAUUUAUUAAUCUGACGUGUCAAAUAAAUAUUAAUCAAAUGCCUAA